UGCUCCUUAUAGCGCCUUCGGGCAGCCUUGGGCACGCACUGGCACGUUGACGGACAGACAUCUGCGGUGACCAUGGCGAUUCCCUGCGUGGAGCUGAGCAACAAGAUGAAGAUGCCCGCUCUAGGACUGGGCACUUGGCAGGCUCCUCCAGGAAAGGUGGAAGAGGUGGUGAAGGUUGCUAUCGAUGCUGGCUAUCGCCACUUUGACUGUGCCUAUUUCUAUCAGAAUGAAAAUGAAAUAGGGAAUGCAGUCCAGCAGAAGAUCAAAGAGGGGGUAGUGAAACGGGAAGAUCUCUUCAUUGUCACUAAGUUGUGGAACACGUUUCAUGAGAAGCCCUUGGUUAAAGUAGCUUGCAAGAAGAGCCUUGCUGCACUGCAACUGGACUACCUUGACCUCUACCUGAUGCACUUCCCUAUGGGAUUCAAGGCUGGUGAAGAGCUGCAUCCUCUGGAUGACAAGGGUAUGAGUAUCCCCAGUGAUACAGAUUUUCUCGACACAUGGGAGGCCAUGGAAGAACUGGUGGACUGUGGUCUGGUAAAAGCCAUUGGUGUCUCCAACUUUAACCAUGAGCAGAUCGAAAGAAUUUUGAACAAGCCAGGCCUGAAAUACAAGCCUGUAAUGAACCAGGUUGAAUGCCAUCCAUACCUAACGCAGGAAAAGUUGGUCAAGUACUGUAAAUCCAAAGGAAUUGCUGUGACUGCAUACAGCCCCCUUGGCUCUCCUAACCGCCCAUGGGCUAAGCCAGGGGAGCCUAUGCUGCUGGAGGAUCCCAAGAUUAAAGAGAUUGCAGUUAGACAUCAUAAAAGCCCUGCUCAGGUUCUGAUCCGGUUUCUUGUCCAAAGAGAUAUCAUUGUCAUUCCCAAGUCUGACAAACCACAGCGUGUUCAGGAAAACAUGAAGGUGUUUGACUUUGAACUGUCUAAGAAGGAGAUGGAUGUCAUCCUCAGCUUUAACAGGAACUGGAGGGCAGUUCCAGUGCUCCAAGCUGUCAAUCACAAGGACUACCCAUUUAAAGCAGACUAUUGAAUGCAAGUGGUUUCUGCGAGACCUCCAUUUAAGUACUUCCAGAUUAGAAGAUGCACUCUCUAGCUUGAUCUUGAUUUCUUCUUCUGUACUUGACAAUAAUUAUGAACAGUUACUUUUCCUCCUUUUCUAGGAGGAGAUCACUAGCUGAUGUAAGAAUGCAUCAGUAGGGCUGGUCUUUUUUUUGAAAGAUGCUUAGCAGAAAUCUGGUUUUGAUUAUUAGUAGAAAGACAAUGUAUUUAAUUUCCUUUUUUCCUUGUCUUCCUCAGUUAGAGACAUGUCUAACAAGAAAUCUGGUUACUUAUGUGAUUUUUUUUUUAUAUUUCUGGUGUGGUCAGGAAUACUGGCUCAAGUCACUGUCUAGGAAUGCUCUAAUCACUUUGCUUUUUAUAUAGUUGUGAUUUUUAUAGAAUGUCUCUCUAAUACUUUAAAAUUUUAUAUGAAUAAAGUUUAUUAACAAAAAAAGUUAA